AUGAGUUUGGCAGGGCAUGGGAACAUAACCAGAAGCUGCAGAGAUGACUUGAGCAGCUUCUUCCAAGAGCAAAUAUGGCCCAUUUUAUUGCUGCAAUUCCUUCUGGCCAUCGUUGGGAAUGGCUUUGCUAUCUACCGCUUCUUGACUUACAAGCAGAAGUGGAACAUCAACAUGGUCUAUUCCUUCAACUUGGCUGUCAGUGACCUGCUUUAUGCGUUCUCCCUGCUCCCCAUAAUACUUUACUACUUUCCACCCAAGGACUGGAUAUAUGGCCAUGCUCUUUGCUCACUGGACCGUUUCUUCUUCUUCUGCAAUCUUUAUGGUAGUACCUUUUUCAUUGCAUGCAUCAGCCUGAAUCGCUGGGUUGCGAUUGUCCACCCCAUCUUCGCCCACGGCCGCAUGAAGUCCUACCACGCUAAGCUCCUCAGUGGAGCAGUAUGGUUGCUGGUUGCGGCCAUUUCCACGCCUGUCCUCAGUUUUUCCACACUGAACUAUGUCUCUGAAUACAACAUAACACAGUGCUUAGGAAGUGCCUCUUCUGAGCAGCUGCCAAAAUACUGGCCUUACAGCUUGUUCCUGCUGGCCUUUGGAUUUGGUCUGCCCUUUGUCCUCACCAGCAUCUCCUGUGGAGGCAUCAUUUAUACAAUUCAUCAUAAUCACAACGUCACGGCAAUGAACAAGUGCAAAGUGAAAGCGCUUGUUUCCGUGGUCGUCAUCCUCUACAUCAUUUUCUACCUACCCUUUCAUAUCCUACAAAAUCUGUACCUCAGUCACCGCAUGAGGACGAAAGAGGACUGUGGAGCGCUUAUACCCACAUCCUUCCAGGUAGCCAAGAUUUUGGUCCACUUUCAUAUUUGCAUCCACCCCUUGGUCUACACUUCCCAAGCCAACAGCAUGCAGAAAUAUUUCAGCAGAUGUUUUCAGCGGUGGAACAAUGUGCCUGGGGAAGGGAACAAUGUGGAACUGAGGCUGCAAGACCGGCUCCCUUCUUAA